UUCGUAGACCCCAUCGACGGCGUUCGGAGGGAGCACUUUGACAUGAAAAAUGCCCCAUUGACAAGUAGAUCCCAUCUCUCCCACGAGAUCCCUCGAGUCUGCUCGCCAUGGCGAUGGUGGGGGAGGAGAAGGCCGGGGGGAGCAGGAGCAAGGUGUUGGUGAUUGGGGCGACAGGAAGAUUCGGUCAAGAGCUAGUGAAGGCGAGCCUCGCCGCGGGCCACCCGACCUACGCCCUCGUGAGGGAGCCCACCUUCUCCCGCGCCGACGCCUCCCUCCUCCUCCGAUCCUUCUCCGCCAGCGGCGUCACCCUCCUCAAGGGUUCCUUACAAGAUUUUCCAAGUCUUCUCGAAGCUCUCAAGCAAGUAGAUGUGGUCAUCUGUGCAGUACCAUCGAGUCAAGUGCUCGAACAAAAGCUUCUAAUUCGAGCUAUAAAACAAGCAGGGUGCAUCAAGAGGUUCAUCCCAUCUGAAUUCGGUGCCGACCCUGACAAGGUUCAAACCCUCGAGAUGGAUCAUGACUUUUAUAAGAAGAAAGCUGAAAUUCGACGUUGUAUCGAGAAAGAAGGCAUUCCUCACACCUAUAUUUCCUGUAAUUUUUUCCAAAGAUAUUUGCUCCCAUCACUUAUACAACCAGGUCUAAAGACUCCUCCAACAGACAAAGUAAAGAUUUUCGGUAGCGGUAAUGUUAAAGCUGUUUUUGUCAAAGAGAGUGAUGUUGCUACAUUCACAGUUUGUGCAAUAGACGACACAAGGACAUUAAACAAGGUGUUAUACUUGAGACCUUCAGGCAAUGUCUACUCUCAGAAUGAGCUGACUGAGAUUUGGGAGGUUAAAAUAGGUAAGAAGCUUGAAAAGAUUCACGUAACAGAGGAGCAGCUUCUUAAAAGUAUUCAUGAGACCCCAUUUCCGAGCAACAUAGACUUGUUCUUUAUAUAUUCUGCGUUCGUAAAAGGUGAUCAUACAUACUUCAGCAUCGACUCCUCCGGCCUAGAUGGAAGCGAACUAUAUCCACAUGCUCGCCGCAAGAAACCACGAAGAACCUGAAAGGUCAGAUUUACUAGAAACAGCUUGAUAUCUGUCAGUACUACUCGAAAUAAAUUUGGGAACGCACUUGAAUGCUUCCGCAAAUGUACUUUAAAUCACGGGGACAGAGAUGUUCUGAAUCAAAGCAACGAUCUUGAUAGAACAAUUAAAUCAUCGUAAAGAUCAUCUCGUCAGUCGUCCA